CCAUGAUAAACAACGAAGAUCUGCCGUCUUGUAAUGACAACAACAAACCGAAUGUCAAGCCUUCAAUCCACUUCAAGCAUUGAUGUUUAACGGAAUAAUUCUGAUUGGAAAGAAACAUUCAUCAGCUCAUUAAAUAAUGAAAUCUGUCGGGUCAUAAACAGCUGUGUUUAACAUGAUUCUCGAAAAAAAAAUGAUAAUCCACUGUAAUAAAAUAACUUCAUGGAAGUCUCAUAACGAAGCAAUCUGAUGGGUUGUGGUGCUUCAAAAAAUCAAGUCAUUUCAAUUGCUGAUUCUACCAACCAGAGAAGGCUAUCUUCAGUGUCAACCAAUCAGAGAAAACCAUUGUCCAGUUCAGCCAAUCAGACUGAUCAAACAUUUGCACCAUCAGCCAAUCAGGAAAGAGAAACAGCAGAUCCAACCAAUCAGAGAAGGUUGAAUGAUACUAAAGAAAACCAGUCUACUGAGAAGGUCACAUCAGUGGAGAUACUCCCGAAUCAAAUUGAUGAUCCUGAUAAAACUACAAGUAAUGAAAUUGUGUUGAGUGAAAAUCUUUCAACUAAAAUACCAGAUGAAACAGUAAGCAAACCACCAUCUGAAAUAGGCCAAACAGACAACAAAAGUUCUGAAUCGACGGCAGGAAAAAUGCAUAAAAUAAAUGCUUCUAAAGAAAGCACAUUGACAUCUCCUGAACAAGAUGAAAAUGAAUCUCUUCAACAACAAACACAAAACAUUCAGAAAACAAUAGCAAACCGCACACCAGAAGUGAAACCCUUGAACCCCAAAGAAGCUAAAGAAAUAUAUGACACCACUAUUGCCAAGGUUACCGAAUGCAUUUCCAAAAUUAACGAUGGUCCUCUCUUCUCAGAAAAUGAAGACGCUUUAAAAAAAUUUCGCGUAAAUCUUUUAGCGAUCGGGAAGGCAUAUUUUGCUCUGAAGGGAGCCAGCAAUACAGAUGUUAUCAAACUGCGGAGGGAUAUCGGGAUGUUGCUUUACCAGAACAACAUCGUUGGGUACAUGUGCAAUGUCGUGAUCCACGGAUACCAUACGGGAGGCUACAAAGAUGACAAGGGAAAUAUUAUCUCCCCUUACUACAUGGUUCUGAAGGCUUCUCACAUCAACCUGCUGAAUUAUUCCGACGCCUGUGAAAAGUGUGCCAUUGGAAUGUGUGAACACGAAACCUUUCUCACGGUGUUGGCCGACAAGUUAAGAGAAUGGAAACAGCCGCACAUGGAUUUAACACUACUGGACGACGAGAACAAGAUGUUGAAAUGGGCGCUGGGAAUAAUCCACAACGUCGCCAUGGUCGACACGUCGCUCUCACUUCUGCGUUCUCUCCACUACACGCAGGUCCUGCUCCCGUACAUGAACUCCAGCAUGGACAUGUUUCACCUGUCGACCAUCCUGGCGCUGUCGGACAUCAUCGAGGAAUCCGACUGCCAGCUGCUGCAGACGAGCGGGAAAGGAAUACAGUUUCUGUUGAAAGUUCUUAAGAAGGCUUUGGACAGUCCAACACGCAAAAACUUGGGCUUUUCAACAAAAGAGCUUGGAAGAGCGGUGGGAAGAGUGGCACGAAGUGAUGCAAACAAGAAGUCGCUGGUUAAUGAGGGUGCUCUCCCUUUGCUGUUAGACAUGGCAAAGACUGCAGAAGAUGUAGCAGAAGAAAGAGAUGCGUUUGAGUCGAUUUGGAUGUUGGCGUUUGAUGAUGACAACAAGAACAAGAUAAUGGUGGAACCCGAUUUGAUCGACCUCAUCGUGCUCAAGUUCAAGGAAUCGCCUGAUGGAAAAGUACGAAAUACGUGUCAAGGAAUUCUGUGGACGUUACGAAACCAGCUCAGAGACUCGAACAAAUACAGCGAAAUUGGUGCCAGUUUUGAUAGGAAACCAGAGUCUUUGAUUGACAAGGACGCAGCGGGGGGAUCCGCACAGAAAGUGGGUCACGUGAUGAUCAGCUACCAGUGGGCCGACCAGGAGAUCCUCAAGAAGAUUCGCGAUCACAUAAAACAUCUUGGAAUUCCCGUCUGGAUGGACAUCGACAACAUGGGCGGAUCGAUACUCCAGGCGAUGGCCGAGGCAAUCGAGGAUGCGAAGGUCAUCCUCAUUUGUAUGUCGCAUAAAUACAAGAACAGUCCCAACUGUAGAGCAGAGGGUGUAUACGCCUUUCAGAAACGUAAGACAAUAAUUCCGUUGAUAAUGGAGCGCGGGUAUCGGCCAGACGGGUGGCUGGGGAUAAUCCUCGGUUCAGAGCUGUUUUAUGACUUCAGCGGCAAGUACCGCUUCGAGGAUAAGCUUGACAGCUUGUUGAAAGACCUUGACGCUCGGUAUAACAGACCUGCUGUACCGUCUGGUGGUGGUGGUGGUGAUAUGGUAGAUGGGCCCAUUGUUGCCACGCGAGCAGACGUCUACCAUGGUCAAGCAGUAGGUCAGGAAAGCAGUGUCAAGGUGAAGUCUUGGAACUCGUCUGAUGUGAAACAGUGGCUUACAAAACACGACCUUUCUAAAUACAGCGAGUUACAGAAAUUGAGUGGACGAGAAAUUUCAUUUUUGUCAAAACUCCGAUUUGAGGCACCAGAAUAUUUCUACAAGACUGUCGAGACCAAACUUGGAAUACAAAGUCUUCUCGAUAUAGUCAAUUUCAUCGAAGCCAUGGAUGCUCUUUCAUCUGUCUGAAGUCUUCUUUUUUUUCUCUUUUUUUUUUGGGGGGGGGGGGGGGGGGACCUAAUGAUAAAAUCAGUGGAGGACCCAGGAUAGGCUUUGGGGGCUGGCACUAAUAAGUAACUGUUUCUUGAAAUAGACUAGAAAGAGGGCUAUUCCCGGACACUUUACGAAUCCUGACACCAGUGCAUUCAUAAGCCCUCCCCUCCCCCCCGGCAAUGGUACUUCUGGAUCUGCCCCUAGAUAAAAAAAAGGAAUAUUUAUUUAAUUAAUGACAGUUCAACAUAUUUUAAACUAAGGCUGUUGUGGUGUCUAAUAUUGAAUCCCUCAAAACCGAAAACACCUAAGGGACCAAGCAAAAUGUCUGUGUUUAAAGGGGUAACCAGUUUGGAGAGAUUCUGUUUUGUACUACUGUUUAAAAAGGGACCCUGAAAAUUUUCAAAUUUUCGGAGAAUUUUUGGUUUUACUGAGGGUUUUGAGGGAUUUCACUGUGUAAAUUAUAAAAAGAUGAAAUACGAUGCCACAAACCUAUAGUCAUCGCAAUAUAGGAAAUGGUGGAGACAGUUAUAUAUAAAUUUGGUUUUCACCUCAUGUGGGAAUGAAUUGUAGAAAUUGGAUGCGUCAAAACAGAAUUUUUCUGUGCUUAUUAAUGGCAGGUUUCCAUAUUUUGAGCUUUGAGGCAGCUACACUUGCAUUGUGCCAUAAAAACACACACGUCAACAAUUCAAUAAAAAAAUAAUUCUACAGAGGAUCAAAAGAAAGUAUAUCGAUAAGUGUUUAUCAGUUCAUGUAGGAUCAUCAGACCUUGCAUGCAAGUAUAUCUUGCAUAUUCUACUCCUGCAAUUGCCCACGGCAACUAGCAAUGCUGUGGAGAUUGCUGUGGAGUUUUUAAUCCUCCACAGCACUU